AUGAAUAUUUCCUCGAUUACCGGCAAUCUUUCCGCGACAAUACCAUUCCGACGCCGCGAACUAAUUGCCAUAAUAUCUCUUAACGGCAUUGCUGCUAUCACGGGUACCGUUCUCUCCAUGACGCUGUUUCUCACCAUUUUACUGCGUCCACAACUACGCACCGGCUCCGGCAUCCUCAUUGCUCAUCACCAGUUACUGCAUAUGCUGCACACCGGCUACGCUUGUCCGUUCUACAUCGUCAGCGCUUGGGCUGUGUGGCUGGGCGUCUCCAUUGCCGGCCUCAACUGCACCGUCCUGUACUGCCUCACCCAGCUGAUUGUCUGCAGCGAAACAUGGAAUUCGCUUUUCUUAGCUUUUAACCGUUUCAUCGCUUUAAUCUAUCCGCACCAGUACAGGCACAUUUCUUCCAAUGCUGCCAUUGCUGGCUUCAUUGUCGCAGCUUGGAGCAUCAGCCUGGCGAUGAACGUUCCCGGUGUCUUCGGGAUUGGGGGUUAUUUCGGGAAGCGGCAGGUGGAUUGUGGAUUUAUUCGUGUGACAAAUGAUCAUCUCUACAACGCAGUCGGCAUAAUUAGUAAGCAUCUUCCAAUUGCACUGCAGGCAGUUCUUUAUGGAAUUAUUUUAUUCCAUCAUUAUCGCGCCCGGAACGGUGUGCAAGAAAUCGGGUAUGCCGGAAGUCCGGUUUUUUUGCUGCUGAUGAACAAGGAUGCGGUGAAUGCCGCCAAAGAAGGGAUUCGGCGCGUGUUUUGUCGAGCCAAAUCGGGAUCGGUUUCUCCGAACUCUGUAGUAUCGUCCAAGCUGCCUUCGAGUCGGCCAUAG